UCUUCUUCUUCUUCUCUGUAUAGGUUACCUAAUAAUGUGAAAAGGGAUUUAAACAAUAUGCAUCACCAACACAUGUUUGUUGUAGUUUUGAUUUGUUGUAGUUUUGAAAAUGGGUUGCUCGAUUUGUUGUAUAGGUUCUCGAUUUGUUGUAGUUUUGAAAAUGGGUGACGACCGUAAGGCGAUGUAUGAUGGAUGGAGUCGAACUGGCGAGCAUACUAUGGAAUGGGCUCGUAUCGCAAAUGCUUUCAUGACCCAAGCCUUUGCCAGUGGUUGUACUGUUGCGAAGUGCCCGUGUAAGAAUUGCAAGAAUCGUCUACGUCAGUAUAGACAUGAAAUACAGGUUCACCUUUGCAAGGACGGAUUUAUGCCUGAGUACCUGGUGUGGCACGAGCAUGGGGAGCUGGAGCAUGCCAGUGAGUCAGACGGAAACGAUGAUGAAGAUCGGAUGGAUGAGAUGAUAGCGGAUGUUGGUAGGGAGUACGAAAAGGAGUCACCGCCGGAGGAGGUACAGAAGUUUUUCAGGCUUCUUGCCGCCUCAGAUGAAAAAGUGCAUGAAGGUACCAAUGUGACCGUUCUGCAGGCGGUGACACGCCUUAUGGCGAUGAAGUCCAAGUACAAUUUCGCGAACAAUUGCUACAAUGGUAUCUUGAAGCUGAUCAUUGAUCUCCUUCCCUCAAAUCAUAAGAUGCCGAAAGACCUAUACCAAUCUAAGAAGAUUUUGGCCGGUCUGGGCAUGAAUUAUGAGAAGAUUGAUGCGUGCGAAAAUAAUUGCAUGCUAUUUUGGAAGGAACACGAGAACGAUACUCAUUGUAUGCAUUGCAAUGCGUCCAGAUAUGUGGAGGUCGUGAGUGAUGAUGGAGAGAAAGUAACUACAAAAGUAUCGGUCAAACAACUUCGGUACAUGCCUAUCACGCCAAGGCUUAAACGGUUGUAUCUGUCCCAAGAAACAGCAAAGCAGAUGAGGUGGCAUUCCGAAGGUAAACGUGAGAGCGAGGACAAAGAUAUUAUGGUGCAUCCUUCAGAUGGCGCAGCUUGGCAAGCUCUGGACCGUUUUGAUCCGGAGUUUGCAAAAGACUCCAGAAAUGUUCGUCUUGGGUUGUCAACAGAUGGUUUCACUCCUUUCAGCACCAGCAAUAGCCCUUAUUCUUGUUGGCCUGUUUUUAUCAUGCCCUACAAUCUGCCUCCCAACAUGUGCAUGAAAGAAGGAUAUAUAUUCCUCGCGGCCAUCAUUCCUGGUCAUAAACAUCCGGGGAAGAAAAUCAAUGUGUUUAUGCAGCCAUUGAUUGAAGAGUUGAAAGAGCUGUGGCAAGGGGUAAAGGCAUAUGACAGCCAUAAAAAAUGUGAAUUUACCUUACGUGCCGCGUAUCUAUACUCAAUCCAUGAUUUGUUGGCAUAUGGCAUUUGGGCUGGCUGGUGUGUCCACGGAAAAUUGUGCUGCCCCAUAUGUAUGGCAGACACGGAUGCGAUCUGGCUGAAGUAUGGAAAAAAAGUCAGUUUCUUUGAUUGCCAUCGACGAUUCCUUCCUUCUAACCAUCCAGAGAGGAGAGAUAUUCAAUCAUUCCGAAAAGGCAGGAAGGUUACAAAAGGACCAUCUCGUCGAUUGACAAGCGAACAAAAAAUGGCAUGGCAUGAAAAGUUGAAAGAGUCUGUAGAAGGUGGCUUCGAAGGGUAUGGUAAAGAACACAACUGGACUCAUAUUUCAUUUCUUUGGGAGCUACCAUACGCAAAGGCGCUGCUUCUACCGCACAACAUUGAUUUGAUGCACCAAGAGCGUAAUGUCGCUGAAAGCAUCAUAAGCAUGUGUUUUGAUUUUACCGGUCAAACCAAAGAUAAUUUGAAUGCUAGGAAAGACUUAGCUGAUCUUUGUGAUCGUCCUGGGCUUGAGGUUAGAACAAAUACAAGUGGAAAUGAAAGUAGGCCACGAGCUCCAUACUGUGUGAAGCCAGAAGAAAGAAAGCAAAUAUUUAGUUGGUUGAAAACAUUGAAGUUUCCAGACCGCUAUGCAGCUAACAUCAAACGAUGCGUCAAUCUCAACACCGGUAAACUCAAUGGGUUGAAGAGUCAUGAUUACCAUAUUAUGAUGGAAAGACUUGUACCGGUAAUGUUCCGUGGCUACUUUAAGCCUGAUUUGUGGAAGAUGCUUGCUGAACUUAGCUACUUCUACAGGCAGAUAUGUGCUAAGGAAGUGUCGAAGAAGAUGAUGCGGCAGUGGGAGAAAGAAAUCGUGGUGCUUGUAUGUAAGAUGGAAAAAGUCUUUCCGCCUGGCUUUAUGAAUGUGAUGCAACAUUUGCUGGUGCAUUUACCAUAUGAAGCGUUGGUAGCAGGACCUGCACAAUUCAGGUGGAUGUAUAGUCAGGAAAGAGAAUUGAAAAAACUUAGAGCUACAGUACGUAACAAGGCAAGAGUAGAGGGAUGUAUUGCAGAGGCAUUUGCAGCUAAAGAGAUAACAAACUUCUGUAGCAAGUAUUUCUCACGUUCCAACAAUUUGAAUGCAUCUACGACACGAUAUCAUAAUGUAGAAGAGCAACCUACGACAGAGCUUCAGAUUUUUCAUUGGAAGGGUAAAGGUGUUGGGGCUGCCACUUCUCAUUAUAUUUCGGAGGAAGAGAGGAACUACACCAUGCUUUACCUGUACUUCAACAUGGAGGAAUUGUUACCAUAUUUCAAAAUGUUUGACGAGCUCUAUUGGACAUCUUCUCGAAGACCCACACAAAGUCAAUUGGAUAAGCUACGCCGUCAAGGCAUAAAUGGUGGCCCAAACUUCGUGAACUGGUUUCGUGGACAUUGUAUGGCCGAUGCCAACAUCUCUGCUGACUUGCGCCAGAUGUCACAUGGUCAAUUGAAAGGAAGGGAGUUUAACCGAUAUGACAUCAAUGGAUAUCGUUUUCGAACAGCAAGUUUAGAAGUCAACCGUCCACUUGCAGCCACCUCAAACAGUGGAGUCUUAUUAACGGCCGCAGAGGGUAGUGGAGAAGUGAAUAAUUACUACGGUGUUCUUCAAAAAAUAAUUGAGUACACAUUUGGCGGUCCGAAAGAGCUGAAGCUUGUGUUUUUUGACUGUCAAUGGUUUGAUCCAAAAUCCGGCACGCGAGUGGAUGAUUUUGGAAUGGUGGAUGUUAACCACAACUCGCGGUAUACAGCCCAUAACAACAAUGUUGUACUUGCGCAUCAAGUGGAACAGGUGUACUAUUUAAGUUAUCCUCAUCCGAGUUUGAAAAAUUGGUGGGUUGUAUAUAAAGUUAACCGUGAAGUGCACCCUCAGCGUUUUGAUGAGUACGUAGAGAAUCAUGAAGAUGAUGAUGAUGUUGGUGUCUAUCAAGAAGAAGUCGACGAUGAGUAUGUAGAGAAUCAUGAAAAUUUUAGGAUAUCUUCUGGGACAGGACUCGCAGAAAUAGCUAGUGGUACCCUAGAGUUAAUGUCAGAAGAACAAGAAGUAGGCCCUUCAAGAAAACGUACUCGACAGUCACAAAGGAUCAUUGAAAAACAGCAAAGGAUUAUCGAAGAACAAGAGAUAUUUGAGGAAGAGAGUGAAGGAGAAGAGAUUGAAGAAGAUGUAGUGCAAGAAGAAAUGGAAGAACUAGAGAGACGUGAACAACGUGUGGCGGAAGCAGAUUCUGAUGCUGAUGAUUUUUUAUUAAUAUUUGAUUAUAUUAGUAUGUGGAAGCAGCUAAAGGGGAAGGUUAGGCGCGGUGGUACUUCGUCCUCUACGUCUCAGCCCAGUAGUGGUUCAGACCGCCCGGACCCUUUUCUGGGCACUACCCCGAACGCACAGCGUCAGAGGCAGUUAAGGUGUCUUGUGGAUGAGCAGGCACCAGAGAGCGAGGUUGUUGGGAGACCGUUCGAGGAGGAGACUGAGGCUGCCAGGCAGCCGGCGGAGCAGGGAGUAGGCUCAGGAGCUGACUUGAUAGAGGAGGUCUUUGGGCGGUCCUCCUCUGAGGGCGGCUCUGAGGGCGGCGGUAUGGAGGGCGAUGACGAGGGCGAUGACGAGGGUGAUGAUCUCGAUCGAGAUGCAAGGUUGGCAAGAGCGGCAGAGAUAGCUGAGCAAAUGCAGAGGGUGGAAGGGAAAUGCCCCUACAGAGAGAAGCUUGGAUAA